CUAUAUCUUUAUACACCGUAAAUUAGAACUCCAUAUAAACGUCCAACUCUCCUAAACCCUAGUUUCUGCUCCGGAGCUUCUUCAAAACCCUACUAAUCUUCCCUCUUGUUGCUUCGGUGUUUCUCUGCUUAAAUUCUCGGCCAUCAUGACUGCAGAAGCUGUGAACCCGAAAGCGUAUCCAUUGGCGGAUGCGCAACUCACUAUAACUAUCCUUGAUCUGGUUCAACAAGCAGCCAAUUACAAACAACUCAAAAAGGGUGCCAAUGAAGCAACGAAGACGCUGAACAGAGGAAUUUCAGAGUUCAUUGUUAUGGCAGCGGAUACUGAGCCCCUUGAGAUUCUUCUUCACCUUCCACUUCUUGCAGAGGACAAGAAUGUUCCCUAUGUUUUCGUUCCAUCAAAGCAAGCUCUGGGUCGUGCAUGUGGAGUUACCAGACCAGUCAUUGCAUGUUCUGUGACUAGCAACGAGGGAAGCCAGUUGAAAUCCCAAAUACAACAAUUGAAGGAUGCCAUCGAAAAGCUCCUCAUCUGAUAAGGUGAUGCUGUUUACAGUGUGAUGGGCCUCUGGAACCAAGCCCGAGGCUUUGACUGAGGAAGUUUCUUUACAGAACGGUUUGUUUCGAAGACUUUUUUGCACUUUACUUGCCUGUAUCAUUAUUGGUAGAGAAUUAUGUGUGCCAUUUUACCAUGAACGAACACAAGUAAGACAUUAGCUUGAACUAGAAUCCAAGAAGUGUUACCGAGUGAAAUUACUUGUGGGAACUGUCUUUUAUUCAUUAUUAUUCCAUAUUCUGAAAGACAUUGGGAAAAAGAAAAAAAUAGUUUGAAGUA